UGCAACGCCAGCUCAGUCCUAGCUCACGAGCGCGAACCUGAUCAUAGGCGACGACCCCGCACCCUGCGCCGUAUCCCUGCCGUACAGUGGCUGAUGUUUGGCUGAUGGCUUUCCCAAGUGCGAUACCACGCGUCGUUGCCUGCGGAACGGCGCGUUCCAGUCCAAUUAUUCCCAUGCCGCGCACACUAAAACCAGAGCCCUGCAACGCCAGCUCAGUCCUAGCCCACGAGCGCGAACCUGAUCAUCUCUCGAUUCAAGCCUUACGAAGUGGGUGCUCAUGGCGAACGCACACAAUCGAAAGAGAGCCCCCGCAGACGACGUCUCGCAAGAGCACCGUCCCUAUAAGAAGAUCAAGUCAAGAGGCAGACUUUACGGGCCGUCGAACUUCCCACCAGAAUUCUGGGACAACCUAUCCAAGGUUCCGCUCACGCGUCGCGCACUUCGAGAGCUCGACCGGCGGAACAGUACUCGGCCUGCCCCAGGGCCCGCAGCACCGGCAGUAUAUACCACUGAUCUUGCCCGGUUUGCAAGACACGGCGGCCCAGAUCUUCGCCGUCUUCGAGGGUGCCCCGAACCGAAAGGCGCCGUACGUACCAUGGCUUCCAGCCGCUCCACAUCUUCAAGCCGACGAACCAAGUCGGCAAAAUCGACAAAGGCAACGGAUGUCGCUUCUAAAACCAAGCCGACGUCAGCGUACGAUGACGCUUUCGAGCUGCAUGCGAUUGACAACGGUAUAUAUCCCGAGGGAUAUGAGCAUCCGGACGGCCGCCGAACGCCUGAACCCAACAACAUAGACCAACUACUUUUGGAGUUAGCUGCUACAAGAGCUUCCCUUUCACCAUCACAGUUUCCUGACUCGGCAUUCCGAGAUUUCAAAAAAAAGCAUAAGACUGCGUCUGAAAGCACAGUAAAGUACAAUAUAAUCCCCAUCAUUGCCGGCAAUACCAACAUUCCGAACAAAAGGGACCUUCACUUCACCAACAUUCAGUCGAUAACUGGAGGACUCACUGUUAAAGCUGUGCCCGAUUUCUUCGACGGGGCUCGGCUCGGCGAUGUCCACCCUAAGAUUAGAAACGAGGGAGAGGAGGGCAACCUAAACAAGCUGAUCAUCCCCACAAAGCACACUAGUGCUCCGGUGGUACCGAAUUUCUUCCUUGAGAUUAAGGCUCCCAAGGGCGGUGCCGACGUUGCUCAGCGACAGGCUUUGCACGACGGAGCAAUUGGCAGCCGUGCGAUGCACGCCCUGAUGAACUACGGCAAGGAGGAGCCGGCCUACGACAGCAAUGCGUACACCUACAGCUCGACCUACCACGCCGGCACGGGCACGCUCCAGCUGUAUGCGCACCACGUCACGCCGCCGGCCGUACCGAGGGGGCGGCCCGAGUACCAUAUGACUCAGGUCAAGGCAUUUGCUAUGACGAACGAUCUUAAUAUAUUUGUUCAAGGAGCAACGGCAUUCCGAAAUGCAAGGGACCACGCGCAAAGGCACCGCGGCAGCUUUAUCCAGGCGGCGAAUGCACGGGCACGCCAGUCCGACGUGGAGACAUCGCCUGAAGCAGAAAUCACAGUUGUUAUAGCAGACAAAAACGAGGAGUCGACUGACGAAUUCGUGGAUUGCGAGGACUAUCACGGAUCACAAGCUGUCGGCACCGAGGAUUACACUGCACCUGAGGACGUUGAAGAACCGGCCCUUCCACAGGACCUGUGUGCGGAGGACGAGGAGCCUAGCCAAGGUUUGUUUGUUAGCUUAAGACCUCAGGUCAACUUCCCUAGGCGUUUUUAUAUCUAA